AUGACAGCUGCAAAACAGAAGGCUCAAGACAGCAGGCAGGAUCAAAAGAAGAUCAGCAAAGGAUUCUACAUCAACAUUUGUUUCAAGAUAGUGAUCAAGAAGGGCCCAAAGCCUAUUCCUGGACUGACUGACAAAGAUGGCACUGAAAAACCAUUUAAUCUUGAAUCAUUUGACAUCACUAAGGAGCAGCAAGAGGUAAUUCAAACUAAUGUUAGAGCUAUAAGUUUGUUAUAUUGUGCAGUGAGCGGAGCUGAAUAUGACAAGAUAUCAACAUGUGAAACUGCAAAAGAAAUGUGGGACAAACUAGAAGUGACUUAUGAAGGAACCACCAAGGUGAAGGAGGCUCAGAUCAGUUCACUAGUAAAUGAAUAUAAAUUGUUCAAAAUGGCCGAAGAUGAAAAUGUAGAAACUAUGUUCUCAAGAUUCAGUAAAAUUGUCUGCGAACUCAAAUCAUUUGGAAUGGUGUAUUCAAAUGAACUUCAAGUAAGAAAACUUGUUAAAAGUCUUCUUAAAGCUUGGGAAACUACGGCUGCCAUUCUUUAA